GCCGCUCCGCUCCUCCCAGCCUCCUCUAUCCCGGAAGUUGACGCCGCGCUCCCGGUCGCGUGCUGCUUGCUUGGGGUGUCGCCUUAGAGAUCUGCACGGGCUGGGCUUGCGAAAGGAUCAACAUGCCUUUGGCUAGAGAUUUACUGCAUCCUUCCUUGGAAGAGGAAAAGAAAAAACAUAAAAAGAAACGGCUGGUUCAAAGUCCAAAUUCUUAUUUUAUGGAUGUAAAAUGUCCAGGCUGCUACAAGAUUACCACGGUUUUCAGCCAUGCUCAGACAGUGGUGCUUUGUGUAGGUUGUUCAACCGUGUUGUGCCAGCCGACAGGAGGAAAGGCCAGACUCACAGAAGGGUGUUCAUUUAGAAGAAAGCAACACUAAUGAUCCACACAACUUCCUGAAUUUGUGUUCUAUCACAGAAAGCCUUAUCAGUUCAGUAAUUCCAGUUAAUCUACCAAGAUAAUGUAAUUAUGUUUAAUUUUGUAAGGUAUACAACAGCGCUCUCCUAUUUUGCUGUCAGUUUUUCAAUAAAGUUUUGAUUAUGGGCAAACUUCUUUUUUUCAAGUAUGUGUUAAUGUACUAUACAUUUAUAUAUGCUGUGUAUAUGAAUUUGGUUUAAACAUUUUUAAAAGGGUAUUCUGAUUAGUUUGUGUCUCACUUCAGGAGUAGAAACUUUAAAUAUUUGAUUUUCAGUCCUUUUCCAAAUUUCUGUGAGGGGGCUAAAUGAUUACAAAUGGAAAGAAGUUCACUAUUUAUUAAUUCUAAAUAUAGUUUUGGUAUUGUAACUAUGGAAACAUUUAUAGAAGUACAUAUUUAAUGCAGUAAUAAUCACUGGAUUUAUAUGCCCAUAACAUACUGUAUAUUUUAGUACAGUAACUGCAGCUGGGGUCUGAGUUAUAGAAAGCUCUUUUUGGGGCAGAAAAUUUGAGAGGAGGAAUCAGGAGUAGCAUGAUUUACCCAGGAUGUUCUAGCAGGGGGCAGUAGAUGGUAUUGAAUUCUCUGGUCCAGACAGGUGAGCACUCCUGACUGAAAAAUGUGUUGAGUGGUUCUGUUAUCUCAUUGUCACUUUUAUGGUUUAUGAAGUGGCCCUCGGGAGUUAGGGGGUAGAGUGUAUCUUUCCCUCUCUAGCACCUAUAUGACUGCUCGUUAGAUUGGGAAGAUAACUGCUUCUCUUUUACCUGUUACCUUUAAGGCAGGCACUGAAGACAGUCAUUUCCUAUCAAGAGGUGUUCCUACAUAUAUACACCCCCAAUCCGAGAGACUGAUCCUUUAACAUACUGAUUGGUAUAUCAGAGGAAUGUUGCAUGAGAACUGAAGAACUAUGGAAAGUUUGGAGCGUAUUUAAUAUAUGGAGAAAUAAAUAACUCAGAGCUUCCCAAACUUUCUUGGUUUAUGGCCUCUUUAGUCUCAGUAAUUUUUUCAUGGAGUGCCCUGGCCAAAAGAAAUACCUAACAGUUAAAUUUAUUAAGUAGUUAGGUUCUAGCAACUGUAGUAGCCAUUUGAAAAAAAAGAACACAUAAAUUAAAAGCAAAGUGAUAAUUUUUACCUCAUUCUUAAAUUACCUACUAAUGGAAUGAGUGUGCCUUUUGGGCACUGCAGUUUCUCAAAAUUGGGAUCAUGUUGGACACUGCCAUCCUCAUUUUUUUUCACAUUGAUUUUUGCAUAGUACUAGCUUUUUAUCACAGCAAUGGCUCAAAACCCAGCUUCACAAAGAUACAUCAUCAAAGGGAAUGUGGUGCUAUCUAAUGUAACAAUUACCUGGAACUAGAAGUUUGCAUGGUAUCCAAAAGAUGUCAAGUAUCAAUGUUUCUCCCAUGAUGCUCCAAGCCACCUCAGCUUGCACAGUUUAGGAACCUUGGAAAAAUCUGUGGUAAAUAAGGAGCAAAUUCCUGAAAAUGUUCUUGGAAAUAGUAUUGGAAGAAAGUAUUGUACUUUAAAGAACCUAUCUAAGGAUUAAUUUAAAGAGAUACUUGGCACUGGGAACUGAAUGGUAUAUUAAGUUUUACUUCAUUAUUAAUCUAAACGUAUUACUGGGUUUGAAAAAUGCUCAGUAGAAAACACUCAGACUUUUCCAAACUUCAAGGUUUGCCACAUACAUUAUUUACUGAAUUUUUUUCUUUAAUACUAUUAUUUAUAUUGUCUUCAUUGAGCAGGCUCAGCGGCCAUGCCUCACGGGCCCAGCCGCUCCGCGGCAUGUGGGAUCUUCCUGGACCGGGGCACGAACCCGUGUCCCCUGCAUCGGUAGGCGGACUCUCAACCACUGCACCACCAGGGAAGCCCUGUAGACAUGUUUUAAAUUCUCUUGGGUAUAUACUUAGGAGUGGAAUUGCUAGGUCAUACAGUAACUCUGUAUUUAGCUUGUUGAGGAACUGCCUGUUUUCCAAAGCAGCUGCACUAUUUUACAUUCCUACUAGCAAUGCACAAGCAUUCCAAUUUCCUACAUCCUUGCCAAUACUUGCUAUUGUCUAUUUUUUUUAUUAUAGCCAUCUUAGUGUGUGUGAAGAGUUAUCUCAUUAGGGUUUGAUGUGUAUUUCCCUGAUGACUAACGAUGUUGACCAUAUUUAAAUGUGCUUAUUGGCUAUUUGUGUAUCUUCUUUGGAGAAAUGUCUAUUCAGAUCCUUUGCCCAUCGUUAACUGGGUUGCCUUUUUAUUUUUGAGUUGUAAGAGUUCUUACGUAUUUUAGAUACAAAUCCUUUAUAUAUAUGGUUUGCAAAUAUUUUCUCCCAUUCUGUAGGUUGUCUUUUCACCUUUUGUCCUUAGAAACACAAACAUUUUAAAUUUUUAUGAAGUCUAAUUUAUCUAAUUAGAUAUGGAAAACAGUAUGGAGUUUCCUUAAAAAACUAAAAAUAGAGUUACUCAUAGCAGACCUAUACCAGGUUGACUGUUAUUUUCUUACCUAGCAAAUCCUCACAUUAGAAAAAAAUUAGGGAGACUAGUCCUGUCCGAUUUAGUUAAAAGCCUACAUUUUACAUUUUUCUUAGGGAAGCAGGUUUAGUUUCGCUUAUUCUACAGGAACAGAAUACUGGAGCUGCCACUGCCUUCUGGACCCAGAGCUCAGGAGACGCCAGCUUCAGCCCUGGUCGAUAUUUUGUGUUUGUAUUCUGAAGUCCAUGAGUGUCUUUUUCAUUUUUUCAUUUCACAUUUUAUAUAUCAUGCUAUGUAUAUAAGAGAGGGGGUGUGUAAAAGCAUGACUCUACUGUGCCAUCUUUGUCUUUAAUUUGCAUAUUAAUAACAAAACUUGUGUAUUUUUUAUUUGCAGCCAGAUUUACUAAUUAAAAUCCCAAUUACAUGUU